UAGACGCUCGUGACAGUCAGCUGAUUCUGAGCUGUUCAGUCUCAUUUACUGUGUUCUGUUAUUAAACAUAUAUGUAGCACAUUUGCGCGCGUUGUAAUUAUUUUAUUUUCAUUUGUAUGGUCGUAGAGACUAAUUUAAAAAUGUCUGGACCAAACGGAGAUCCGAAUAUUUCAGUUGAUGAUGGAAUAAUCGAGGAUGAAGAUGAAUUCAAUGAGGAAGAAUACGCUGCGAUCGACUCCAUGCUGGACCAGAUCAACUCCUGUCUGGACAACAUUGAGGAAAGAAACGAGGCGCUGAACGGCAAACUCCACGAGCUGCGGAGAGAGUUCAGAGAACAGCUCAAUGAUGAAGAACAGCAGCAGCCGCCUCAUCCUCCUCCUCCUCCAGAUGAAGAUUCAGAGUCCACAGACACAAAAACUGAAGACUAGACGACCAAACCCGUCCAUGUGUUUCCUCAUGAUGUUUCAUCGUCACUCGUCGAUGUAUUCAGAUGUCAAUCAGUGUCAGUGUCUCUAUGGACCAGUAGUGUAGAAUAUGUGUGUAUAAAUGUAUUUAUGUUGACUGUGUCUAAACUGUGCUGUAUUAAAUUAAAGUGGUUUAUUGCUUUCA